UAAUUGUACUAAGCAGACAAAAACUCAUAAGUCAUGAUCAAAUAUGCUACUGACGUGAAUGAGUCCAUGGCCUUGUCUCUGUGUGUAAUUUAUCUGUGCACACGGUCUGAGACCUUCAGUCAAGGCUUAACUGAUAAAAUCACUCAGGUGAGCAGUGGAACCGCAAAACCUCGAAUAAUAUAGUGCGGUUAUGCAUGAAAGGAUCAGCAAAAGACAGCGGAAAGUGGCACGUUCACCGAAGAGGAACGUUUAAUCGGAGCAUUCGUUUAUCACGGAGAACUUACAGCGAUGCACAAUUGAACAGAAUUCAGGUGAACACAUACAUGAAUGCAAGCCCACGAAUGUGACCCAAGAGCACGCGCUGAGGGAUCAAAGCUCCAUAAGCAGCUUUUGCCUUCAUAACAGAGUCAUUGUUGGAUCUGGACUGUUGCUUUUGUACUGCAUUUCAUCUGAUGAAGAUGAUGACGAUGAUAAACCUAAUGAGAGGGUCUGUGAUGAAGAUCCACGGCCUGUCAAGUGCAUCCCGAUGUCUGGCAGCUGAAGGCGGUGUGCGUGGGUUGUCCUCCUCAUCCAGUCCAAGAGUGUGUAUCGUAGGCGGAGGUCCUGCAGGUUUUUACACGGCACAACAGCUCCUGAAGGCUCGGCAGAAUGCAGCCGUAGACAUUUACGAGCGACUGCCGGUGCCGUUUGGACUGGUGCGGUUUGGGGUUGCGCCUGAUCAUCCCGAGGUCAAGAAUGUCAUUAACACUUUUACUCAGACGGCCCAGCAUGAACGAUGCAGCUUCCAUGGCAAUGUGAAUGUGGGUAAAGAUGUGACGAUUGACGAGUUACGACAAGCUUACCACGCUGUAGUGCUGAGUUACGGAGCCGAAGGAAAUCGGUCAAUGGGAAUUCCAGGUGAAGAUUUACCUGGCGUUUUCUCAGCUAAAGACUUUGUCGGAUGGUACAACGGACUGCCCAGUAAUAAGGAGCUGCAUCCAGAUCUCAGCUUUGAGACGGCUGUGAUUCUAGGACAGGGAAAUGUGGCCCUGGAUGUUGCCCGAAUACUUCUGGCACCUGUAGAAAUGCUGAAGGAAACCGAUAUUACCCAGAAUGCACUAGAAGCAUUGGCAGGCAGUAAAGUGCGAAGGGUUUUGAUCGUAGGACGACGAGGACCUCUUCAAAUCGCUUGUACCAUCAAGGAACUCAGAGAGAUGGUCAAUCUGCCAAACACCAGGGCUGACAUGCUGCCCGCUGACUUUGAGGGCAUCGCAGAAGCUUUGAAAGACCUUCCCAGGCCAAGAAAAAGACUGACAGAGUUAAUGAUGAAAGCCGUAAAGGAAGGAGGAGAUGAUAAAGCUGAGAAAUGCUGCGGCUUUCGCUUCUUUCGCAGUCCUGUGGAGGUUCUCGCGGGGGCUGAUGGGAAAAGAGCUACUGGAAUCCGAUUGGCUCUUAAUAAGCUUGAGGGUUCGGGCGAGAGCGCGCGAGCAGAGGUCACCGGUCAGCUGGAGGAUGUGGACUGUGGUCUGAUCAUCAGCAGUAUCGGCUAUAAAAGCAUUCCUAUCGACCCCGCUGUGCCCUUUGACCCCCGAAGAGCCAUCGUGCCCAAUGAGAUGGGAAGAGUGCAGGACACAGCAGGUCUGUACUGCAGCGGCUGGGUCAAACGCGGACCUACCGGUGUGAUUGCAACCACCAUGAACGACAGUUUCGAUACGGCACACGUUUUGAUUCAGGAUAUGGAGGCGGGCAAGCUGGAUCUGUCAGUCAACAAACCGGGCGCUCAAGCGAUCACUGCCCUUCUGCAAACACGAGGUGUGAGAACGGUGCUUUUUUCACAAUGGGAGAAAAUUAAUGCAGAGGAGGAGAAAAGAGGCAAAUCCCAGGGAAAAGCCCGGGAAAAACUUCUGGAUGUGGACGAGAUGCUGAAGAUCGCCUGGUCCUGAGAUCCGACCCGGUGACGCCUACAGGGCUAAUAGAAGCGCUGCCAAGAGCGCACCUGAACUAACUCUGUGCUGUCACAACAGGAAAUCUGUUGACGUGAUAAAAACAUCCAAAAAUAAUCUUGCCCUCACUCUUGUUUCCACUGUUUUUCCUCUGUGGAACAGAAAAGAUAACAUUUGACACAAUUUUCAUGCUGCUCUUCUUCAU